AUGAGAGGCGGAGGAGGGAGAAUCGGGCGUCACGAGCGCCGGUGGGCGUCCGACACCGUGCCGGAUAAUAUAUUAAGUGGCGGGUCUUCUCCGGGAUACACAGAUACGUCGUCUGUGAAUCCAGGGGAGGAGUUUGUGGAGGUCACGCUUGAUCUUCAGGAUGAUGAUACUAUUGUUCUACGUAGUGUGGAGCCGGCGACGGUGAUGAAUGUAGAUAAUGAUAUUGGAGGAGGUAUAGAGACUCCGCUAUCAACGACGUCGUCUAGAUCUCCGACAAUGCGACGAAGCUCAUCGAAUCGAUUCCGGCAGUUUUCACAGGAGUUGAAGGCGGAGGCGGUGGCGAAAGCGAGGCAUUUUUCGCAGGAACUACGGAGGUUUCCAUGGAGUUACGGGCACAGAUCUCGUGCAUCGUCUUCCUCACCGAUGCAAAACGUUCCUUCUGGAAGCGGAGGAUUGGAUUCUGCGUUGGCUGCGCGAGCGAUUCGUAGACAACGAGCUCAGCUGGAUCGAACUCGUUCUGGUGCUCAUAAAGCUCUUAGAGGUCUGCGAUUCAUCAGUAACAGUAAAAUUAACCGUGUGGAUGCUUGGAAUGAAGUUCAGAACAAUUUCAACAAGCUUGCAAAGGACGGAUUCCUCUAUCGUGCAGAUUUCGCACAAUGCAUAGGAAUGAGAGAUUCAAAAGAAUUUGCUCUCGAAGUCUACGAUGCUCUUAGCCGAAGACGAAGAUUAAAAGUUGACAAGAUCAGUGUAGAUGAAUUAUACGAGUAUUGGACUCAGAUAACCGAUCAAAGCUUCGAUUCUCGCCUCCAGAUCUUCUUCGACAUGGUGGAUAAGAAUGAAGAUGGAAGAAUCACCGAAGAAGAAGUUAAAGAGAUAAUAAUGCUGAGUGCGUCAGCAAACAAGCUGUCAAGGUUGCAGGAACAAGCAGAAGAGUAUGCAGCUUUGAUAAUGGAAGAGUUGGAUCCUGAAAGACUCGGCUACAUUGAGCUAUGGCAGCUCGAAACACUUCUCUUGCAGAAGGACACUUACCUAAACUACAGUCAAGCCUUGAGCUACACAAGCCAGGCGUUAAGCCAGAACCUACACGGCUUGAGAAAUCGGACCUCAAUAAAGAGAAUGAGCUCAAAAUUGGUCUACUAUUUGCAAGAAAACUGGAAGAGACUUUGGAUUAUUGGCUUGUGGAUUUUGAUAAUGAUUGGUUUGUUUCUUUGGAAAUACUAUCAAUACAAACAAAGGGCUGCAUUUGAAGUUAUGGGUUACUGCGUUCUUACGGCUAAAGGCGCAGCCGAGACUCUCAAAUUCAAUAUGGCUAUCAUACUAUUGCCUGUGUGCAGGAACACUAUAACUUGGCUGAGGUCAACCAAAUUGUGUUAUUUUAUACCCUUUGACGACAACAUCAACUUUCACAAGACCAUAGCUGCAGCCAUUGUAAUCGGGAUAAUCCUUCAUGCCGGUAACCAUUUGGCAUGUGAUUUCCCAAGGCUUAUAAACGAAAAAGAUAUUGACUACGAUCUUAAGAUGAGUCAUUACUUUGGCCACAACAAACCAAGCUACAUAGACCUUGUCCGAGGCGUGGAGGGUGUUACUGGAGUUAUAAUGCUGAUUUGCAUGGCAAUUGCCUUCACACUUGCAACCAAAUGGUUCAGGAGGAGUCUAGUGAAGCUACCAAAACCUUUUGAUAGGCUCACCGGCUUCAACGCCUUCUGGUAUUCACACCACCUCUUAGUUAUCGUCUACAUUUUGCUGCUAGUCCAUGGAUGGUUCCUUUAUUUGGUGAAGAAAUGGUACAAAAAGACGACUUGGAUGUAUCUUGCAUUUCCAGUUCUGCUUUAUGCAGGGGAAAGAACCCUCAGAUUUUUCCGAUCAGGCUCUUAUACCGUACGGCUCCUAAAGGUUGCGAUCUAUCCGGGUAAUGUUCUCACAUUGCAAAUGUCCAAGCCUCCCCAGUUUCGGUACAAGAGUGGACAAUACAUGUUUGUCCAAUGCCCGAUUGUAUCUCCAUUCGAAUGGCAUCCUUUUUCAAUCACGUCUGCUCCAGAAGAUGAUUACCUUGCCAUUCACAUAAGGCAGCUAGGUGACUGGACGCAAGAACUGAAAAGGGUAUUCUCAGAGGUCUGUGAACCUCCAUUGGCUGGUAAAAGUGGGUUGCUCAGAGCCGAUGAAACCACCAAAACAACCUUGCCAAGAUUGUUGAUUGACGGGCCGUAUGGAGCUCCAGCACAAGACUACCGUAAAUAUGAUGUUCUCUUGCUUGUUGGACUCGGCAUUGGAGCAACACCUUUUAUUAGUAUUCUUAAGGAUUUGCUAAACAACAUUGUUAAAAUGGAAGAACUAGCAGAUUCAACAUCUGGUCACAGUAGGCGAUCGGAUCAGAGUUCUGGGAGCGCUGAUUCUUCAUCUCAUGGUAGAGCUUCCCCCAUAAAAAAGAAAACUUUGAGGACCACAAAUGCUUACUUCUAUUGGGUAACUAGAGAACAAGGUUCAUUUGAUUGGUUCAAAGGAGUCAUGAAUGAAGUCGCUGAACUUGAUCAACGGGGGGUGAUAGAGAUGCAUAAUUAUCUAACCAGUGUCUACGAAGAAGGGGAUGCUCGAUCAGCCCUCAUCACGAUGGUUCAAGCUCUCAAUCAUGCUAAAAACGGCGUUGACAUUGUGUCUGGCACAAGGGUGAGAACCCAUUUCGCGAGGCCAAAUUGGAAGAAAGUUUUCUCCAAAACAUGCACAAAACAUGCGGGUGCUAGAAUAGGUGUGUUCUAUUGUGGGGCCCCAGUACUUGCCAAGGAACUAAAUAAUCUAUGUCAUGAGUACAACCAAAAAGGUUCAACCAAAUUUGAAUUCCACAAAGAGCAUUUUUAAGGUGUCCAUAAUCCAUUCCAGUGUACAGUUUUAGCAAAGAAAGGAGAACAAUUUUGUUUCAUUAUAAGCACAUCCUUUUUGUUGGUGAGAUGAGUUGAACCAAGAAAAGAGUAUGGUCUUCUGUGGAUACAAUCAAAAGUUGACAAGUGGCAUGAUGCGAGUG